AUGUUUGAAAAGUUGCAAUAUCGAUCUGGUCUGCGUGAAUCAUGCUCUGGCCUUGACGGAUUUGGGCAAUGGCGUGUUGAGACAGGCAGUUUGGUGCGCUUAUCUGCCAAAUGCAAAUUGACGAUUAGACGAGCCGGAACAAAAGUGUCCGGAAAAGACUGGCCAAAUGUCAGAUUUUCUCAAAUGAACGCUGCUUAUCGGCGGCACGACUGUCACGUAGCCAGUCCGGGACGCUCGGUCUGGCAUGGACACGGAUGGAAGUCGUUUGUUGUUAGUUUGUACGUGAUUUUGAGGCAAGUCAUCGUCCAUCUUCGUCCAUCUGCCUCCUGUCCGGCCGACCGUGGUGUCUGCAUCACCCUGUACAUGGUGAGCAAGUUGUCAUGCUACAGUCACACUUUCUUUACGUCGCACAGACACACACACACACGUGACUUUAAGUUGGAUUGGAAGUCGGUUGACCUCGUUGUCGCAACUUGGUCUGGUUGUCAGGGCGACUAUGUAGAACGCAGUUAG